GCUUAGCCCCCAACAUCUGCAAUCGGAGCCGCACGAAUAAGAAGGCUUUGGCGCUGCUGUUGAGCACUCACGAUCCCGCGCAUCGCUUCCCAAACGGUGUGCCCCCGGAUCUAGACAGUGCCAAAGCAGAGACAGACACGGCUCCAGAAGUCGCCACGCAGGUAGCCACGCGCCUUCGUUUUCCGGACAUUUCCAGACUCGGUCUUCGCGACAGCCCUUCUCCAUCCACCGGUGGCAGUGCUCUCUACGCACAGACGGAUCAUCACUACGGGCCGGCGGCGUGCACGUUCCCGGUCUACAGAGCCGCUCGGGCUCACCGACUCCGGACCUCUCUUCAUCCUCGCCAUGCCAGCGCUCCUGGUAGACACGAGUACCCGGUCCAGCUCGCCCUCCAACUCCUCCACGCCCUCAGACCAGCGCGACCGUCGGCGCUCCCAGUCCCGCUCUCCGAACCGCCCGCCAGUGUCACCCAUCACUCCCACCGUCUCCGUUGCGCAACUGGCUCCUAUCGAGCGCCCCGACCCUCGGAAUCGCGUUGUUCCUCCACCCACCGCCACCUUCAGACAGCAGCCGCCUUCGGUGCCUAUUUCAGAGAGCGAGAAUCCCGAUGCGAUAGCACUACGUUCGGCCAUAUCGCUCCUGCAGUUGCAGCGAGAAAAGAGCAAGCGGGACCUGAAGGCCCUAGAGGAUCUGAAGGCUGCUGCUGUUUCCGAUCCUCAAGGCUUCGUGCACUCUCUACGGGAGCAACGAGCGCAGGCUGCAGGAGCGCAUCACGAUAUCCUCACGCCUACACUCUCCGACAUAUCCGAAUCCGCCCGACGCGAAGCUGGAGACGGUCUCGAACAACGCGAUGGAGUGGCACGCAAGGACUCAGCAGAUGUAGAUGGGGCAACCACAGACCUAUCCAAGUUCCCUUCGAUACCUCAGCCACAGAACGUCGUACGAUGCCCCCCAGUCAACUGGGCAAAAUACCACAUAGUGGGAGAGCCGCUGGACAGGAUGCAUGAAGAACAGAGGCAGUAUCCCGGUUCCCUAGAGCCUCCAAGGACCCAGCAGGGGACGAAAGCGCCUCCCCAUGCCGUUGCUGCCCCUUAUUCGCCGUUGGGCGAGCCUCAACCGACGCCACAACCAUGGCGAGGUGUCAAGAAAUCUCCGUCGUGAGGCCUCUUCAUCACGAGUCUUCACUCAAAGCACUAUGUGGCGCACUAUUCUUACGACGCCCCUCAGAUGAGCGUGGGGAGCCUUAGGUCUCCCAAAAUCUCAUAUCAAAAGUUCAGGAGCACAUGUUGCUUCCUUUCACGACUGUCAUGCAAUCAUGGUCACUUACGAUAGAUGUCUAAUGAAUAGAGGAAGGUGGGAUUGUGACUAGAAGUAGGUACAACUCGAAAUAGAAGCCUUCACACACAAAAGGGCACAAGCAGCUCCCAACUUCAACUGAUGCCGUAUGUCGCAUUAGCGGGUGGGACUUGGCCUUGCCCUCGCUGGAGCCCAGGCCAUUCUCUCGGAAGUUUUCUUCGGCAUUUG